AUGAGAGAUCGGCCCGUCAUCACCAUCGAACAUUACACUAUAUUCUGCAGCGACGCUGGUGCGAAGAAAGUAGAUGGUUGCACGAUAGCUGUGAGGAACGAUUAUAACAACCUGAUGGAGGGAUUUGGCUCAACGUCGUCUAGAUGCGCCUUUGUACAAUUUCGGGAUCGCAAGGGAGGUAAACUCUGGAUCGUAAGUGCCCACGCACCUACGGAAGCCGCUGAGGGUAACAGUAAGAAUGUCUUCCAUGAUGAACUCAAUGCGUUGAUGUCUAAAAUACUCAACCAGAAGGUGGUCAUUGUCGGAAUCGACGCAAAUGCGAAGGUUGGACUCGAACAUAAAUCCGAUGUGAUAGGAAAAUGGUAUUAUCAAAGGGAGAGCACUUCGGACAACGGUGACCGUCUGAUCGACUUAUGUGAGCAGACGGGCCUCAUCAUCGCUCCCACGUUUAAGAGGACGGAAUCAACUCACGUGGCAGGGUUCAACACUUUCAACGAGUGA